GGAAAACAUGCAUGCUCAUCUUUUAUCAGCAUGAGUCAGCGCUGUUGCGACACGCAAACGCGCGCGCGCGCGUUCACACGCACGCGCCACCUCCCUCCCUCACACCCACACAUUUUGACAUGAGUGUGUGAAGCGCGCUUAGCUUAGUCUCAAAGUCGUCCUAACCUCCCCAACAAACUGGACGUGACUCCGAACAGAUGCCCUCGUACACGUACGCGUGCGCGGCGCACCCGACGCGCGUUCUGCGACGCCUGGAAGAGCUGCGGCAGCGCGGCGCGUUUUGUGACGUCACCGUCCAGGUGGACGGCCGCCGUUUCCACGCCCAUCGCGCCGUCCUGGCCUCGUGCAGCGACUACUUCGCCGGAAGGCUCCACCGGGAGCAGGACGACGGCCAUGGCGUCACGCUGCCACCCGAGGUGAGAGCUGCGCGCGUAACCGCGGGCGGGUUCGAGCCCCUGCUGACAUUCGCCUACACAUCUGAGUUGCUCUUCAGCAAACACGACAUCCUGGAAAUCCGCCAGGCAGCAUCUACGCUGGGCUUCCGCGACCUGGACCAGACCUGCUUCGACUUCCUGCUCCCCAAAUUCAACUCGGGUCCACCGCUUCUACCAUCACAGAGGAAGAGGUGUUGUAUAAAGAAGAAGAGCGAGGAGGAGGACGCGCAACGCAAAGCCGUGAAACCAGUGCCGAGGGAAUCGACUUCGCCCAGCUGCCCGGAGGGGAAUAACAGGACGACCGCAUCAUUUUGGUGUGUUAGGGGUGCAGGAGGCCCCAAGUAUCGGAAGUUCCAACUGGCUUGUGGGAAAGAGACACCCCAGAAACAUUGUGGAUGGAACAAGGGCAUUGGGGAAGAGCAACAAGGACCAGGAAUCUGUGCUGAUGCCGGUCUAGCAACUGAAAUUCACGGAUGUCGGGAUGCAACGGUGCUUCGAGGUACUUGUGGCACCGAAGGUGACAAUCUGGAAAAGUGUCCCAAAUCCAAAUCUGGCUCUUUUGAUCAGGGUACUGUCUCAGAAGACGCAGAACAAGGACCAGGAACAAGGUUCUCAGGUGUUACCAAGCCAAUACAAAGUCCCAGAAGACUAACAGAGCACAAGGACAUAGAGCAUCUUCCAGGAAAUGGGGCCGAUGUGAAUCCCGUGUCUGACUCAACCCACUCUCAUCCGGACACCAUCACAAAAGAUGGAGAACAAGGAUUAGGGUCAAGGUUCUCUGGUGGUUUCAAGUUGGUUCCAGUUGCCACCUGGAAACAUGAGGAUCCUGGAAGCAUAACAGAACACAAGAAUGUAGCAGAACUUUCAGGAAUUGACUCCAACAAAGAUCCCACACCCCACUCAGUGCCAUCCAAUUGGAAAACUAUCACAGAAGAGCGAGAAGGAGGACCAAUAACAACGUUUUCUGUUCGUCCUGAUUUGGUAGCAGGUGAAGCUCCCGGAUGUGAGGACGGAGCAGAGUUUGCAGUCAAUAGUGCCAAUGUGAGUCCUAGCUGCCCUCGUCUCAGGACACCAUCACAAAAAGAUGCAGACCAAGGACCAGGGACAAGGUUCCCAAGUGGUCCUGACCUUGAGCCAGGUGAACCUCGAAAAGAUGAAAGCCCUGCAAGACCAAUGGAUAGUACGGAUGUGGACAGGAAUCUCGGGUCCAAUUUUAACCCCUCACAUCCAAAAACUAUGACCGAAGAUGGAGAAAGAGGACAAGGAACAAAGUUCUCUGCUGCUUUCACUCCGGUAGCAGAUGCCAUUCAGAAAGCUGAAGCUGGCAGACACAAGAACAGAUUGAAGUAUCUUCAUUCCGAUUCUGAUCUUUCGCAAAAAAACCCUAUCACAGAAGAUGAAGAAAAUGGCUCAGGAACAAGGUUCUCUCGUCAGCACGAGCUAUUUCCAGAUGCCACCCAGAAAGAUGAAGUUCUCAAAGAACAAGGACCAGGAACAAGCUCUGCUGGAUUUCUUGAUCGGGUAACAAGUUCCAACUGGAAAUUUGAAGGUCCUGGAACACUAACGGGAUGCAAGGAUAUGGAUAUGUGUCCGAGGUCUGGCUCAGACCUCUUUCAUGAGGAGACCAUCUCUGAAGACAGCAAACAAAGACUAGGAACAAAAUUAGUCCAAGCCACCAGGAAAGUUGAAGGUCCUGGAAGUCUAUGUGCGGAUGGAACAGAUCUUCCAGGAAACAGCACCGGCGACGACAUGAGCACAUUUUCCAGGUCUGACUCUGCCCAAUUCGAUCAGAACAUCACAGAGCAAGAAGAACAAGGACCAGGAACACAGUUUUCCUGUGGUCCCGAUGUGGUCCUAGGUGCCACGCUGAAAAAUGAACCUCCAGGGAGCAACGAGGGAACCUCUGACUCCGGGUCUGACUCAGCGGGCCCCUCUCAUCAAAACUGGCUCAAGUGCCUCUCCAUGGUACAGAAUCAGGACUUGGAGCGGGGCGGACCAACGUGGAAAGGAGGCCCACUGUCUGAGAGCGAGGGAGCGUCCCAGUCAGGACUAUCAUCCCUCAACUCGGGUGAGGACUGUGACUCAGAGACAGACGGCGAGGGCGAAUGGUGUCCCAGAGAGCGGGCCAGACAGGUCGAUCUGCCGUUCUCUGUAGACCACGCCGUGAGUCUGAAUCACGUGGACCUGCAGAAUCUGCUGAGUCAGCAUGCGUUGACAAGCCAACAAGUGGACUUGAUCAACGACGUCCGACGGCGCAGCAAGAACAGGCUGGCCGCGCAGCGCUGCCGCAAGAGGAAGCUGGAGUGCAUCGCAAACCUGCAGGAGGAAAUCAACAAACUGAAGUGCGAGCGUGAAAAGCUUCUAGUGGAGCAGAACUGUCUUCGUCACCUGAAGACCACCACACGUCUCAGCGUCAGGACGCUCACUCAGCGCGUCUGUAGCGAGGCCCGGGACCUCGGGCCAGACCAGCUGCGACUUCUCGACCCCCAAUGCCUCCUCACAUCACACCUCGACACCUUACUAUUGACCCCUACCUCAGCUUCCUCGACAACAGCUGGGACUGAAGGACAUUUGGAGGACAUUUAGAGGCAACGGAGGCCUCAUGCAAAUUUCUAGUCUUUUCUUGUCUCAUUUUCUAUUUUCGUAUGCUAAUAAGUUCCUGAAACAUGUUUAGUACAUGCCAACACCUGCAUCUAUAUUUGUACGAGUAGGCACCAUUUUGAUUCUUUGGUGCUCGAGGACCACAUUUUAUUUUUAAAACGCACAAGUCAUUGCCGUACAGAGAUGUGGUAAAAAGUAAAUAAAUAAAUGGGUAUGUUUCAUAUUUUA